CGUAUUCUAAACCAUUGUUUCGUUUAUUUGUUGGGCAACUUGCGUUCAAUCACACUCGCCUGGAUGCCAGUGGUUGAACUAGAGCAGUCUGUUUCAUACUGCCAUGUCGGGCAAAAAUGAUGAGAUAGCUGAUACUCCUCGUUUUAUGCAGAAAACAAGAUCAUCUUCUGCCAUGAGCGACGCGGCUAAGCGGAAGAAAGAGGCGCCCAAGGCGGCCCCAGCGCCCGUGAAACGCCCUGGUAUGGCCCCAAGGACCACCACCCCGAAAAUCAAGGUGACGGACACGAGUAAACAGAAGGGGGCCAAGGCUGCCCCGGCCUCGGCGAAGAGGCCUGCCUCUACCAAGAAGACUGAGCAGCAGAAACAACAGGAGGAGGACAUUUUGAUGACGCUGUCUGAGGAAGACUUAUUAGAGAUGCAGCAGGUGUUUGUUCUGUACGACAAGGACGGCGACGGCACCAUCUCCACCAAGGAGUUGGGUGACAUGUUCCGCUACCUCGGGCAAACCACAUCCGAUGCCGAGUUAGACGAUAUCAUCAGGGAUGCCGAUACCGACGGUGAUGGUGAACUCGACUUUGUUGAGUUUGUGACGAUGAUGAUGAAGAGAAUGUCGAACCAGUCCGAGGCGGAACUAAGAGAAGCAUUUAAGGUUUUUGAUAAGGAUGACAAGGGUUACUUGACCCAUGAUGAGUUGCGUGCUGCCAUGACAACCAGGGGGACGCCCAUGACGGAGGAGGAGGUCAAUGAAAUGAUAGCCGAGGCGGAUGUUGAUGGGGAUGGCAAUAUUGACUACAAAGGAUGUGAACAGCAGUGCACUUUAGCACUUGAGAAAAUGUCCCGUCCGGCGAGUAAGCCUGGCAGCGAAGGCGGAGGAAAGAGCUCGCGGUCAUCUACCGCUGCCAACCCGGCGAAGAAGACUCCGACACCAAACAAGUCAACACAACCACCGAAACUCCAGGCGACUGGUCCGCCUGGCUCUUAUGCGCCAUCCACCCGGACUCCCACCACAGCUUCAGGCAGCAGGGCGUCGAACAAGAGCAAGGUAUCUGUGAAGAUUCCUAAGAAGAGAGGGAAUCUAGAGUCAGUCGAGCUUCAGCUAUUGCGACCAGAGGAGGUUCGACUAUUACGCAAGGCGUUCGCCCUUUACGACAAAGAUGGUGACGGCACGGUCAGUACCCGCGAGCUGAAGACCAUCCUGAGAGCAAUUGGUUACUCGCCGUCAGAGGCUGAGCUUCAGGACAUGAUACACGAACAAGACCCGGACGGGGACGGCUACCUGACCUUCCACGACUUCGCGCACCUGAUCGCGCAGCGCAAGAACUCAGAAAACACGGAGGAGGAACUGCUGGCGGCGUUCCGUGUGUUUGACCGGGACAGAGACGGUCACAUCAGCUCAGAGGAGUUGAGGACAGUCAUGCGGAAGAUGGGAGACGUUAUGACCGAGGAGGAGAUAGAGGACAUGAUCACGGAGAUCGAUGUGAACGGCGACGGCGAGAUUGAUUAUAAUGAAUUCCUCGAGAUGAUGUUGUUCGAGUAGACGUCAUUAACGCAGAGACCGGACAUUGGGAUACGUCAAGACAUCUCGAACUCUAUUUCCUUUUUCUAAUUAACCCUGGUAUGGGUCAUUCUUACGACAAGGGUUGGCAAGACGGUCAAGACAGUUUUAGCUGUGUGGUUUUGGCUUCGGUCACAUUGUUAUGUUUAUUUGUGAAGCAGUCUCGCCAGUCUGGCCGGGACUACGAGAAUGCAGAGUAAAAACGUAGUGGGCCGCCAACUUUGGCUCAAAAAAGUGGCAUAACGGCUCCUGUGAGAUUUAUUAGUACUAUAGAAAGUGUAUAUUGAUGUUAAUGUUAUAUGUGUGCAAAUUGAAAUAUAAAGGUCUAUGUCUAAGAA